UGGUCGAGCUCCUGCUGCAUGCCGUCCUUCCUCCCUCCAUGAUUGUCCACCUGAAGCGCUUCCGCUUCGACGCCGUCCCGUCCCCGGGGGGCGACGGCCCCUCCCUGCUCGCCUACCGGGCCAGGAAGCUGGGCCACCACGUCGACUUUGCGCUGCGGGACCUGCGGCUCGGCCCCCUGGGCGUGGUCGCCGCGCGCGGCCCCGACGCGCAGGCCGCCUUCGACCUCUUCGCCGUCACCUACCACGCCGGGUCCUGCGGCUUCGGGCACUACACCUCCGCGGUCCGCCACGGGCUCACGCAGCGCUGGCAUCUCUUCGACGACGAGGAGGUGGAGCCCCUGGAGCCGGCCCGGGUCCCGAGCGAGAGGGCGUACCUCCUCUUCUUCGGGCGGCGCGCCACGUAGGGCGCCAGUGGGGCGGGCACCUCCUCGCGAAGCCCGAGGAGGAGCCCGGGCAUGCUCACGCCGCGAAAAAUCUUCACGGCAGGUUAUUCUUCGACGAAAAGCCGGUCCCG